AUGGCUCAAAACAAAUUAUUAAUUAACAGAAUUAACAAAAAUAUAAAGAAUAAAAUACGAAAACUAAAUAUAGAAGGGAUAAAUAAGAUUACUUUUAUACAUAAUUCUGCUUCUAUUUCUUAUGAUGAUUGUGUUAUUGAUAAAAAUAUAAUAAUAGAAAAAAUAAAAGAUCUUGAUAUUAAUGGAUAUUUUGAAGAAGAUGAAAACGAGUAUAUUAAUAAUAGAUUUACCAGUAAUGAAAAAUUAACUUCUUUGAGUUUUUAUUCAAAUAAUAAAGAUAUCAAUGAACAUAUAAAUGAUGAAAGAAAAAGAAAAAUAACAUAUGAAGAAUCAAAAAUGAAUAUAUGUGAAAUCAAUAAUAAUAAUAACUUAAAUAAUGUUAAGAAUAAUAAAGAAAAAAAUGAUAAUAAUAAUAAUGUAAAUGCAUCAAAUGAUAAAAUUAGUGCAAAUUCUGAUAAUACAUGUAUGAAGGAUUGUACUAGGGAUAGUGGUGUUAGCAUAUAUAAAAAAGAGAAAUUAAUUUUUAGUUCAAAUUAUAAUUUAGAUGAAACUAAGGAUAAUAAAAAUGAGGAUAAUAAAAAUGAGGAUAAUAAAAAUGAGGAUAAUAAAAAUGAGGAUAAUAAAAAUAAGGAAAAUAAAAAUGAGCAUAAUAAAAAUGGAUAUUUAAAUUGUAAAAUAAAUGAAAAUAAAGAAAGUAAUGAAAAAUGUUGUAAUAGUAAAAAAAAUAGAGAUGAUAAAAUAAUUAAAAAUACAUAUGAUCAUACAAUAAAUUAUUCUGAAAUUCCUUUUCAAAGAUAUAAUGAAAAUGUGACUAAUGAAGAAAAAAAAAAAGUAAAAAAAAAAAAUAAUAAAAUUAUGAAUUUAUUAACUCAUUUUAAAAAAAAAAAGGAAGAAAAAAAUAUAUAUGAAAAUAAUGUUUAUAUAAAUAUAGAUAGAAGGAAUUUAUUAUCAACUAAUAAGAGAAACAAUGUUUUUUAUGAUUACGAAAAUUAUAAAGAUGGAAUGAAUAUAUAUGUAUGUGAAUUAAAAAUAUACAAUAUGACUUGUGAUAAUUGUGGGAACAAAAUUAUAAAUUUUUUAAAAAAUAAAAAUUUUAUUAUAGAGGGUAGCAGUUUUGCUACAGAAAAUAAAAUAAAAUUAAAAAUUGAUAUGUCUGAAAAUAAAUUACAUGGUUGCAAUAUUAGAAAUUAUGUGAAUAAAAUAAUGACAGAAAUAAAGGACAGUGGUUUUAAUAAUGAUUUAUUGGAUAUAUAUAAAGAUGAUAAUAAUAAUUGUAGUCUUUUUGAAAUAACUUUAUAUGUUUACAGAGAUGAUGUAAUAAAAUCAUAUGAAUUAUUAAAAGAUUUAAAAGGAAUAAAAAAUGUAGAAUAUGAUGUAAAAAAAGAAUACAUUUAUAUUUUAUAUAAUCCUGAAAUAAUUGGAAUAAGAUAUAUACUAGAAGAACUAAAAAAAAAAAAGAAUAUUGAUGCAUAUUAUGAUGAAGAUAAAGAAAGGUAUUUUAAGUCUACGAAAAACAAUGAAAAAAAUAAUAGAUGGAAAUUGAUAGAAUUAAUUUGUUGCUUUUUUUUGAGCAUUAUUAUUAUCAUAUUAAACAAUUAUCAGAUGAAUAUGGGAUUUAUGAAUAAAUUUUAUUCUGAUAUAAAUAUUAAUAACUACGCUUCCAAUGAAUCAUUAAGUAUGAAUUUAAUUAAAAACAAUGUGAUUCACAAUUUGAAAAAUAAUGUUUUUAAUGAAUCAAUAACAAAAAGUAAUAAUCAUUUGAAUAACGAAAGUAAAAGUAAAGAUUAUUAUACUUAUAAAAAAGAUGAAGAAUCAAUUAAUUAUGAAACAAAUUAUGAUCCUAUAAAUAAAAUUGGUAAAACGCAUACUCCUGGUUAUAAUAUAAAAAACAAUUUUACUAGUUUUAAUAAUGUUCGUAAUAUGAAACAUGAUUUACAUAAAAAUGAUGUUUAUGAUAGCAAAAAAGGAAGUAUUUUGAAUUAUAAGAAUAAUAAUGAAACUUCCAAAUUUAAUAAUAUAGAUAAUUCUAAAAAUGUUGAUACAAGCUUUAGUGAAGUAAUAAUCCCUAAUGAUUCUGAAAUUCAUGAUACAAAUAAUUUUAAAACAAAAAAUUUAAAUAAUUUCACAAAAGGUAAUAAUAAUUCAAAAAACCCUAAAAAUGAUGAUGAUACAAGUUUUAUUAAGAUCGAUAGCUCAAAUGAUUCUGGAAUUAAUGAUACGGAUAGUUUAAAAAUAACAAAUUCGGAUAAUUUUAAAAAGGAUUUUGAUGAUUCACACAAUCUAGAAUAUAAAAAUACAGAUAAUUUAAAAAAUUGCAAUUCAUAUUUUAAUGAAACUAUAGUUUCAGAUAUGGAGCACAAAAAUCCUGAAACAAAUAAAAAUAUAAAUGAAGUGGAUAAGAAAAAAAAAAACAAAUAUUUGACCGAAAAUUCUCAUAAUCAAAAAGAGCUAAAAAGGGAUAAUAGUGAUUUUGAGAAAACACAAAAUAACACUAAUAAAAGAAACAAAUUAAAAAAAAUAUUAAAUAUCUUUAUGUACAGUCCAUUACAUAAUUUAAUUAUUCAUUCAUUUAAUAUAAAAUUAGAUACCAAGAUAUUACCAAGUUUGACUAUAAGAUUAUUAUUAAUUUUUCUUUUAAGUUCUAUUGUUUAUAUUUAUUAUGGUUUCAAUUUUGUUUUAAAUGGAUAUAAAAAUUUAAAGAAUAAAAUAAUUAAUAUGAAUGUUUUAAUUUCUAUAAGUUCCUCUUUUUCUUAUUUCUAUUCACUUUUUCUGUUAUUGUUUUGUAUAAUUUUUUCAAUUGACGCAGAUAGAAUUCCAUUAUAUUUUGAUUCAUCUGCAUUAUUAAUAUGUAUAAUGAAAUUUGGUUCUGAAAUUGAGAAUUUUCUAGUUAGUUUUACAAAAAAGAAAAUUGAAAAUUUGUAUGAAAGCAAAACAAAGCAUGUAUAUAUUUUGGAGAAGAAUAAAGAUGAAGAAAAAAAAAGCCAAAAGGAACUAACUAAGUGUUUCAGUUCAUCAUUAGAAAUUAGAAAGAAUAAUAUUUCUAAUAAUGAUAAUAAUAAUAUUUAUAACGUUAAUGAAACAUAUAGUAAUAAUCGUGUUAAAAAUGCUAUUAAUAAUAAUAAUAGUGGUAGUAAUAACAAUAAUUCUCUUAAAGAAGAUAUAACAAAUACUUUUUCUAACAAUAAAUUAAUCAUUUCAAGUAACGAUUGUAAUAGUGAAGGUAAAAAAGAUUUAUUCUUUAGUUAUUAUAUAAAGAGAAAUAUAGAAAUAAAUAAGAUACUCUAUGAGGAUAAAAACAUAAAUUUAAAUGAUUAUAUAAUAAAUAGCUAUCCAAUUCAAUUUAUUCAAAAAAAUGAUGUUUUAGUAUUUUAUGAAGGAAUGACUUUGUUAAUUGAUGGAAUAAAAAUUAAUAAUGAAAUUUCAGGUGUUGAUGAAAGUAUGAUAAGUGGUGAAAAGAAAUUAAUUAAAAAAUAUAAAGGGGAUAAAGUAUAUGCUGGUUCAAAAUGUGUUGAGGGAAUAAUUAUUUUAUAUAUUGAUGAUAUAUCAAAAGGAAACUAUAUAGAAUAUGUUAAGAAGUUGUUAGAUGAUAUAAAUUGUAAGAAAACUGAUUUACAAUUAUAUGCAGAUAAAGUUGCUAGUAUAUUUAUACCAGCAAUAAUACUAUUAUGCUUUAUUGUAUUUUUUAUAUGGUUUUUUUUAACUUUUUUUAAUUAUGUAGAUAUAGGAAAAGGGAAUUACUUUAAAUUAAACAAAUUCUUUUCUUGUGUUCUUUUUUCUAUUCAUUUUUCUUUAUCUAUUUUAUGUGUUGCAUGCCCUUGUGCAGUCGGAUUAGCUAGCCCCUUAUCAAUAGCUAUCAGUUCUUAUAUAUGUAGUAAUAUUGGCAUUAUUAUAAAAAAUAUAAAUAUUUUUGAAAUAUUUUUGCAAUGUAACCAUUUUAUUUUUGAUAAAACUGGCACCUUAACAGUUGGUAAGCCAGUUGUAAAUAAAAUAUAUAUUUCUAAUAAUAUAGAUAUUUUUAUUGAUCAAUUAUUAAAAAAUUUUACUAAUAACAAUAUUUUAGUCAAUUUUACUGAUAAUAUAAGCCCUAAUGAUAUAGCAUACAUUUCAAGGGAUGAAAAUAACUUUUAUAACAUAUGUGAACAGGAUGAAAAUAAUAUCUACAACAACACAGUUACUAUGAAUAAUUGUAAUAAUAAUAAUUAUAAUGUAUAUGAUAAAAGAAGCAAUAAUCUUUAUGAUUUUAAUUUUACUUCUGAGAAAUUAAAACAGAGUAGCUUUUCACAUGAUGAUUAUUCUAAUGGUGUUGUAAUGGAAGAUAGUUAUGUAAUAAAUAAGAAUUUUGAUAGUUUUUACAAAAACAAAGAAAUGAAAAAAAAAGAAAAAAAAAGAGAGAAGGAAAACAGUAAUACUUUGAAUUUUAUAGAAAGUUUUAGUUGUUUCAAUAAAGAUAUUACAUUUUAUUCUUUUACUACAAAAAAAGAAUAUUUUAAAAUUGAAAUAAAAGAAUUAAAAAAGAAAAAAGGAAAUAAAAUAGAUCAAUACUCUCUGAGUAAACAAAAAACUCAUCACUUUAAAGGAGAAAAAUCUAUUUUAAAUAAUUUAACAUCAUUUAUAACUGAAAAAACAAAAAAAAAAAAAUAUAAAAAAAUAUUAGAUAACUCAUUGAAGGAGAAUUUUAUAAAUUAUUCUGAGAAUUGUUAUUCUAAUGAUGACUCAUAUUAUAGUGAAACAAGGAAUUAUUAUAACUGUACAAAUGUAUGUAACUACAAUAAAAUUAACAAUAAUAGAAGUUAUGGAGAUACAAAUAUCACUAAUAAUAAUGAUCAUAACAUAAAAAGCGACAUAUCUAAUGGAAAUGAAUAUUUUAAAAAUAACAUUCACUUAGAUGAUAAAAAUAAUCUUAAGGAAAAAAUUAAUAAUUGGUUAUACUUAUUUUUAAGUUUGAGUUUAAAUAUUGAAAAAUAUAGUAAUCAUUUAUUUGCUGAAUCUAUAAAUACAUUUAUAAAUAAAAAUUUUCAUAUAAAAGAAAAAUUUCAAGUAUAUAAUUUAAUAAAUGAAAGGAAUCAGGGAAUAAAUUGUGUAAUAAAUGAUUUAUCAAUAACGAUUGGUACAUUAUUUUACUGUUAUACAAAAUAUAAAAAUACUUUUUGCACUAAACCAGAAGUGGAACAAGAAAAACUAAAUGUAAAAAAUAUGGAAAAAUAUUUAUACUCUUGUGAUUGUAAUGUUCACAAAACGUAUCAGUUUUUAUAUAAUUAUUCUAAUAGUAAAAAAAAUGAAGGAAAUAAUAUUAUUUUUAUGUGUAUAGAAGGUAUAAUAAUUGGUUUCUUUACCUUAGUUGAUAGUAUAAAACCAGAAGUGUUUGACUUAAUAAAAUAUUUAAAAAAAAAAAAGAAAAAAGUAUAUGUAUGCACAGGAGAUAAUUAUAUGAAUGCUCUUUAUAUUUCAAAAAUUUUGGGAAUAUCGAAAGAAAAUAUUUCUUCCAACACUUUACCAUUAGAAAAAGUUCAUUUUGUAAAAAAAAUAAGAUCAUUAAAUGAUGGAAAAGUUUGUAUGAUUGGGGAUGGAAUAAAUGAUUGUUUUGCACUUAAAAGUGCUGAUUUAGGUUUGUCAUUAAGUACUAGAUCAAAUGUUGUUAUGGAUAGUGCGGAUGGUUGUAUUGUUGAUAAUAAUAUAAGUGUUAUAAUGAAAUUAUUUGAAAUAAGUAGAAAAACAUUGCUAGUAAUAAAAUUUAAUUUUCUGUUUUCUUUCUUUGUCAACAUCUUUUUUAUUUUAUUGGCAAGUGGAGCUUUUUAUUCCUUAAAUUAUAUUUUUUCACCAUUUCUUUUUACAUUCUUAAUGUUUUGUAGUUCAGUUAUUGUCAUUUUAUCUUCUUUAUCUCUAAAAUUGUUUUUAAGGAACGUUUAA